UUGAGACGAAGAAGAAGAAGAAACUUCCAGUCACGGAGAAGGGAUUUUUCUUCUUCUUAUCAGUGCUGCUCACUGACCCUCUCCAUGACAUCAUGAGCGACGUAGACGAAGCGAUGGGCACGCAAUCAGAAGGCUCUUCCAUUGGGGAAGCAGCUUCUGGAAGACGGGAAAGUGGGCUUGAGGAGGAGGUAGAAGAUGAAGAUGAGGACCUCUACUACAUUCCUCCGAGAAGACCUUCGCUUGACCUGGGACCCAGUCCAAUGGACACAACCCACUGGUAUUACGUGGACCAGGCCUUGUCUCCAGCUCAGAGCUACAGCACAAUGACAAGCGAAGAGUCAGACAAAAUGGGAGAAGACGACACAUCUUCCACAAGUGUCCGCCGACAGAGAGCAGAUUCGUACUCCAGCUGUUACUCCGUUGACAGUGACGACUGUGAAAAGAAGAUUCGCAAGGCCAGGAGCAAAGAGGAUGUCCCUGAAUCUUCUGACACAAACAAGUUAAUCGAAAACAUAAGUGAGAAAAGGCAUCCAUCUCUAACAAUUCCUUUCACUUUUAAGGCUAUCUCAAAAACCCUUGGAAAGCUGUCAGAGUUUGAACUUAUGGGAUUCAAAAGGAAGCUUUGGAAGUAUUACCCGCAGUCGUUCAACACUCCUCCACAAAACACGGACCUAGUGGACCUGGUCGACCGCUUACUCGAGUGUUACAGCCUUGAAAAUUCAUUCCAGAUCACCAAAACCCAUCUGGCUGAGAUGGGGAAAAAGAAGCUGGUUGAAUAUGUCGAUACUUUGUGCCUUAGAAAUGAAGUACGCUACGAAUUAGCCGAGUGUCUGAAGCAGAAAUACGGUGAAGUAUGUGAGGAUUAUGGUGGUGAGAAGAGGCCCUUUGACGAUGUUCAUACUACUCUCAAAAUUGUUUCCACGUGUGAUAAUGGCCCCAAUAUCGAACACGAGGUCAUGAAAAUAGGAAAGCUGGACAGCAACCAGGAAGCACCCAAGGAGAUUUCUACUGCAGAUAUUUUAACUCCUAACUAUCUGGAGACCUCAAGUUCAAGGUUUAUAUUGCUCACUGGAGUGGCAGGAUCAGGGAAGUCUAUGGCAGUCAGAAGGUUAGUCCUCGAUUGGAUUGAAGAACGAGCACACAAGCACGUGACUUUCUUGUUUCCUUUGCCAUUCAGAGAACUCAAACAGUUUGAGGGCGAAAAACUUUCCUUGGCAGGCUUAGUUAAAAAACUCUACCCGGCAACAGAAAAACUGAGAGAUGGGGAUUACAGGUGCGACGAAUGCCAAAUGAUGUUUGUCUUAGACGGACUGGAUGAGUACCACUGGAAGAUUGACUUUGAAAACACAGAGCUUCUGAGUGACCCCACAGAUACCAGCAAUCUGAAGGUCAUCGUGGUCAACCUCAUGAGAGCGAGGCUGCUUUACCGCGGCCUGUUCUUGGUUACUACUCGGCCAUAUGUACGCGCCUGCGUCCCAUGGGAUGCGCACUACAAUGAGAUAGAAGUACUUGGUUUCCGUGAUACUCAACGGGACGAGUACUUUCAGAAGAGGUUUAAGGACUCAAACCAAGCAGCUCGAGUUAUUGAUUAUAUCAAUUCUACCAAAACCCUCCGUAUCAUGUGCCACCUGCCCUUGUUCUGCUCUAUAGUGGCCGAUGAGUGCCAGCGCGUAUUUAAAGAAAAGGGCACACACGCAGAGCUGCCAAACAGCAUCACCUACAUGUACACAAAGCUGCUGUUUGCACUCCUGCGUCAGAAUCGCAAAUGGAGAGCUCCAGAAAACAGCGUCGAUAAAGAGAGAGACUUUCUUAUCAAACUUGGAAAGCUGGCCUUCUCGAUGCUGGAACGCGGCCAGUACAAGAUAACACAGACUGACUGGAAAGAAAAUGGCAUCAACGAUCAGGAGGCAGUGCCCUACACAGGCCUGUGCACGCAGUAUGUCACAAAGCCAUACGUGCUGUUCAACGAGAAUGUCUUGAGCUUUAUCCACCCCACCAUGCAGGAGUACCUGGCUGCUCUUUAUGCAAUGCUCACCUUCGCAAAUCUCGGGAAGAACGUUUUCGAGGAGAAACCGAAAAAUAAAGUUAAGGGGAUGUUCAGGGGGCCCACACCCUCGGAGAUGUACAAGAACGCUGUGGACAGGAGUCUGCAGUGCGAGGACGGCAGAUUGGACAUUUUCCUGCGUUUCCUGUUUGGAAUGACACUUAAAACCAACCAGGAACUUCUGCAGCCCUUCUUCACCUCUCCCUUAAAGUGGCCAACUGCCACUGGAGAUGCUGCUGCUCUCAUCAGGAAGAGAAUGAAAGACAGUCAGAAUCCUGAGAGGAAUAGAAACUUGCACUGCUGCCUGAAGGAGCUCGGGUCACAAUCACGGGGCUCAGUAUCCAGUUUAACUGACUGUUAAAUGCUGAUGACUGCGUAGAAUUAUUCAUGUCUGAGUCUUCAAUGAAUUCAAAAAGCUGGCUGCACAGUGAGCUACAGUCUCUCUACAUUAUGACAACGUGAUCAGUGUUCAGCCAACGUAAACACUAUCGAGUUUAAGGGAGCUAAACUAAGGGUACAAAUGCUUAUUUUUAGACUUUUAAAAUCGUCAGACAUGACAAGGAUGUGUAAAGCGAAGAUUUUAAAGUGAUGUUUGUUUUAGAAAAGGUGUGAGAUUAAGGUGCCUUAUAUUGGAAGUUUGGGGUUUUUGUGUUUUUGUUUUAUUUUACAUAGUGCAUCUAGGAUCAAAGAUUCUUGAUAAUGUGUAAAUUCUUUUGUCAAGUGUGGGGUUGUGUUGCUGCUGUUGCUGUGCCUGAAAUGUGUUAGUCUAUAAAAAUAAUCUACCUUCUAAAAUCUGCUUAAAAAAUAAGGAUCAAUAUUAUAAUAAAAGUGUCUGACUCAUGCUUUUACUCUGAGUUCAUUCUAACUGCUUGUUGACCUCUUGCAUUAUUUAGUUAUUCAUGCAGUCGUUACGCUUUUAUUGUGAUCACAUUUUUUUUUGUUUUUAGACAAACGUGAACAUAUAACCGUAAUGUGAAGUAUGAUCAAGGAGAAAAAAAAGAAAAGUGUUCUGAAAGAAGGAAAGAGGCAAAAAGCAGACAAGAAGGGGAGAUGAACAGCCAAAGAGCAAAAGAUACACUGCCUGGCUAGAAAAACAAAGAUCGCAGACUCUAAUAUUCCACUUGACCGCCUUUAGCUUUGAUUACAGCACGCAUUCACUGUGGCAUUGUGUUGAUAAGCUUCUGCAGUGUCACAAGAUUUAUUUCCAUCCAGUGUUGCAUUAAUUUUUCACCGUGCGUUAACGAUGUUAGAGUCUGACCAUUCUCCAGCACAUCCCAAAGAUUCUCAAUGGGGUUAAGGUCUGGACUCUGGUGGCCAAUCCGUGUGAGAAAAUGAUGUGUCAUCCUCCCAGAACCACUCUUUCACCAUUUAAGCCCGAUGAAUCCUGGCAUUGUCAUCUUGGAAUAUGCCCGGGCCAUCAGGGAAGGAAAAAUCCAUUGAUGGAAUAACCUGGUCAUUCAGUAUAGUCAGGUAGUCAGCUCACCUCAUUCUUGGAGCACAUACUGUUGCUGAAACUAGACCUGACCAACUGCAGCAACCGCAGAUCAUAGUACUGCCCUCACAGGCUUGUACAGUAGACACUAGGUAUUAUGGGUGCAUCACUUCAUCUGCUUUUUUUCUUACCCUGAUGCGCUCAUCACUCUGGAACAGGCUAAAUCUGGACUCGGACCACAUGACCUUCUUCCAUUGUUCCAGAGUCCAAUCUUUAUGCUCCCUUGAAAAUUGAAGCCUUUUUCUCCCGGUUUGCCUUACUGAUUAGUGGUUUUCUUACGGCUACACAGCUGUUCAGACUCAAUCUCUUAAGUUCCCUUUGCAUUGUGCGUGUGUAAAUGCUCUUACUUUCACUAUUAAACAUAGCCCUGAGUUCUACUGUAGUUUCUCUUUGAUGUGAUUUCACCAAACGUCUAAGUGAUCAGCGCUGAUCACGAUCAUUCAGGGGGUUUUCUGGCCACAUUUCUUCCUCGAAGACGAUGGGCCCCCAAUAUACUUCCACUUUUUAAUAACACGUUGGACAGUUCUUAACCCAGUUUUAGCAGUUUCUGCAAUCUCCUUAGAUGUUUGCCAAUGAUUUGACCCUUCUCAAACACACUAACAUCUUUUCCACAACCACGACGUGUGUCUUUCGACAUGUCAUUAAGGAGUUCUUCUAUAGCUUAAAUUACAUAACUAAAAAGAAUAUGGACUCCUGUAGCUUUAAUCACAUUUCUCAUGAAUCUGCUUCAGAUA